ACACCAAAGGUCAGCUCACGUCUCUCCAUUUGUCCCUGUCUCUCUCUCUCUCUCUCUCUCUCUCUCUCUCUAUCCAUUCAUUCAUUCAUUCAUUCAACCUCUACAAUCUCUCCCAUGCCCGCCCGCACCUCAUUCUAAAUUCCUCUCUCUACUCUCCCCCUUCUUCUUCUUCGCUGCAGAUUUCAUUUUUUAUCUUUUCUUCAGGAUUCCGCCAUUUUCGUCGUUCUCGGAGGUGAUUUUUGGCCUGCAGAAGAAAGCGUUUUAAAAAGGGGGAAAAAAAAGAAAAAGCGUGUUUCUGAGCUUCCUUAAGAAAUGGGGAGUAAAUGGCGGAAGGUGAAAGUCGCCUUAGGGUUAAACCUCUGCGUAUAUACGCCGCGGAAUCAUGCCGUUGCUGAUGACGCCGACGACGACGCCGACACGCCGCCGCCCUCCGGACGCCGCUCCGACGCCGCCCUGCUGUCGCCUCCCGGCGAUUGGACCUCGGCUCCGUCCACUCCGGCUUCGAAUCGCCUCAGGCUUUCCAAAAGCUUGAGUAGAUCUUCUUCCAAGAAAACAUGUUCGAUAUGCUUGGGAUCGAUCCGGCGAGGCGACGGUCAGGCAAUAUUCACUGCAGAGUGCUGCCACACUUUCCAUUUCCAUUGUAUCGCCGCUAACGUCGAGCACGGCAGCCGCGUCUGCCCGGUUUGCCGUGCACAGUGGAAAGAAGUCCCGGCUACUCGUCCCGAUCCUCCUCUAGGACGAGCAAGAAUAAGCCCCGUCGAUUGGCCUCAGAUUAACAAUGAUCCAUUUCCCGUUGCGCAUCGAUUGCCGCCGCCGCGCUCAAAUUCUGCCCGACAGACCACUCUGCUGAAUCAGGCAACCGAGCCAGCAAUCUACAACGACGAUGAUCCGUUGGAUCACAAACCCGAUCCUGCCGAGACAACGAGUUCUUCCGACACGAAGCUUGUAGAUCACGACCAUUCGGCAAAGGUCGACGUCAAUACGUAUACGGAGGUCUCGUCUGUUCCGAGGUCGUCGCAGGUUGAUAAUUUUACUGUCUUGGUUCAUAUAAAGGCUCCUGUGUCGAAUUCUGGCAGGAAUGAUUCGAAUUUGGCGAUGGGAAGUCAUACGUCGCGGGCUCCCGUCGAUCUUGUUACGGUUCUUGAUAUCAGCGGAAGCAUGGCCGGCACGAAGCUUGCGUUGCUGAAACGAGCGAUGGGGUUCGUGAUACAAAAUCUCGGCCCGAACGAUCGGUUGUCGGUGAUCGCAUUCUCUUCGACGGCCCGCCGACUGUUUCAUCUCCGGAAAAUGUCUGAAGCCGGGCGACAGCUAGCGCUCCAUGCCGUUAAUUCGUUGGUCGCCAACGGCGGAACGAACAUCGCCGAAGGGUUGAGAAAGGGCGCGAAGAUCAUGGAGGAGCGACGGGAGAAGAAUCCCGUUUCGAGCGUGAUCUUGUUAUCCGACGGUCAAGAUACAUACACCGUAAGUAAUUUCAACGGUAAUCGGAACCAGCCGGAUUAUCAGAUGCUUCUACCGUUAUCGCUUCGCCCUGAUGCUUCCUCCGGGUUCAAGAUUCCCGUCCACGCGUUCGGAUUCGGCGCGGAUCAUGACGCGUUGUCGAUGCAUUCGAUAUCGGAGAUUUCGGGAGGGACGUUUUCGUUCAUCGAAACCGAAGGAGUGAUACAAGAUGCCUUCGCCCAGUGCAUUGGCGGGCUUUUGAGCGUCGUCGUUAAGGAUUUACGGGUCGAGAUCGAAUGCGAUCAUCCUACGACGAGGCUCGACUCGAUGAAGGUGGGGAGUUAUCCGAGCCACGUAACGCCCGAUCGACGGUCGGGAUGCAUCAACGUUGGCGAUCUUUACGCCGACGAGGAGAGGGACUUCUUGAUUGUGACGAACAUCCCGAUCGAAACAUCAAAAAGCGUCGAUACGCCGAUAUUGAAAGUGAAGUGUGUCUACAACAACCCUAUAUCGAAAGAGUCGGCAACCUCCGAAUACGAGCAUGUCCGGAUUGCGAGAACCGACGGGGACGCCCGAGGGGACGUUUCUAUUGAAGUCGACAGGCAACGGAAUCGAGUCCGAGCGGCGGAGGCGAUGGUGCAAGCGCAAUCCGCAGCCGAAAACGGAAGCCUUUCGGCGGCGGUCGAAAUCCUCGAGAAGAUGCGGAAACGGUUAUCGGAAACUGCAUCGGCGAAAUCGAACGAUCAGCUUUGCGUCGCCCUCGACGCUGAGCUGAAGGAGAUGCAGGAGCGAAUGGCGAGCCGACACGUGUACGAGGCGUCGGGGCGGGCGUACAUUCUGUCGGGUCUGAGCUCGCACUCGUGGCAGCGGGCGACGGCGCGCGGCGACUCGACGGACGGGUCGAGCCUCGUCCAGUCGUACCAAACGCCGUCGAUGGUCGAAAUGGUUUCGCGCUCUCAGGCGUCGUUGAUUGGCGGGGGCCCGGAUGUCCAGAGGCUUCUCCAGCCGGGGUGGUCGUUCGGCGGCGGCAGGCAGCCGAGGCCGAGGUAGUGCGACGGCGACGGCGGAGGAGGUAUGGAUGGGAUGAUGAUGACCUUUGUGGUUAGUUAUUUUGUCCUGAAAAUUUUCUUGAUUAUUAUUAUAUAUAUAUGUAUGUAUUUAUUUUGGUUUGGUGUUUGAAUUAUGUGAAGAAUAAUAGUGGUAAUAAGUGAGACCUAUGUAAAGGGAUUUGUAGUA